AUGGCUAAUCUCUCAGGAGAAAUGCUCGAGUGGUUAGUUAAUGAUUAUUCACCAAGAUACUCGAUUCUCAGUCAACACCUUCCUCUGAAAGUUACCACAACGCCCUCUACACCAGAUGAGGAUGAAGGUCCACAAUUCAUGUAUCUGGAAGCUCCUCCAAUCGACUGUUACUGCGACGAGUCAUGCACUGCAUUGGGCGACUGCUGUUCGGAUUACACCUACGUGUGUCCACGCAGAGACUGUCGAGUGUCGGGAUGGGCUGAAUGGGAGCCAUGCGUACCUGACGAAGGCAGUUGUGGGACUGGUGUGGAACAACGAGUUCGGCAGGUCAUCGAUCCUCCUGUAAGAGGCGGAAAAGAGUGCCCAGCACUCAAGGAGAUGCGUACCUGCUUCAAACAGUGCACACAAAGACGAUCACUUGACGAUAUAACAACGGUCGCGCUACUCAUAGAUUAUCGAUUCAACGAUACUCGAUCGAAAAUGGCACGAGACAAUAUCUACUGGGAUCUUCCAUCAGUGCGCGAGAAGCUCAAACAAGCCACU